UUUUUAACUUGUUUAACUACGGGUGGCUCCUGUUCAGAGGUGACAGCAUGCUGGCAGCCCUGGAAGCCCUCGCUCGCUCUUGGCGCCUCCUCGGCCUCCGCGCCCACUCUGGCCCCGCUUGAGGAGCCCUUCAGCCUGCCGCUGCACUGUGGGAGCCCCUUCCUGGGAUGGCCGAGGCAGGAGCCGGCUCCUUCAGCCUGCAGGGAGGAAAAGCCAUGGAGACUUCAGCAACCUCCUCCCAGCCUCAAGACAACAGUCAAGUCCACAGAGAAACAGAAGAUGUAGACUAUGGAGAGACAGAUUUCCACAAGCAAGAUGGGAAGGCUGGACUCUUUUCCCAAGAACAAUAUGAGAGAAACAAGUCUUCUUCCUCCUCCUCCUCUUCCUCCUCAUCUUCUUCAUCCUCCUCCUCCUCCUCAGAGAGCAAUGAUGAGGACCAGCACCCCAGAGCAACCGGAAAACGUCAACUGAGCAUGGGGGCUGGAUACCCCCACGGGAACGGCUCACCCGGUCCUGGGCAUGGGGAGCCUGACGUUUUGAAGGAUGAGCUUCAACUCUAUGGAGAUGCUCCUGGAGAGGUGGUACCCUCUGGGGAAUCAGGACUCCGAAGGAGAGGCUCUGACCCAGCAAGUGGAGAAGUGGAGGCUGCUCAGUUAAGAAGACUGAAUAUAAAGAAAGAUGAUGAGUUUUUCCAUUUCGUCCUCCUGUGCUUUGCCAUCGGGGCCUUGCUGGUGUGUUAUCACUAUUACACAGACUGGUUCAUGUCUCUUGGGGUCGGCCUGCUCACCUUCGCCUCCCUGGAAACCGUUGGCAUCUACUUCGGACUAGUGUACCGCAUCCACAGCGUCCUCCAAGGCUUCAUCCCCCUCUUCCAGAAGUUUAGGCUGACAGGGUUCAGGAAGACUGACUGAGGCCACUGCCAGGUGGGCAGCAGAAGCAGGCCCCGGUGUGACCACCACUGCGACCCCUGAGCCCACAAUGACAGAGCAGCAUUCUGAGAGACGCACAGGAGACCAAACCAGACUAAUAAACAGAACACUUUUCCUUCCAGGUGGUCUGAAUGUUGGCACCAGCCCAGGCAAGGGCAUCAUUUGGGCAGUACUGCUGUGCAAUCCAGCUGCCAGGAUGGAAGGCAGAGGGUGGGUGUGGGGCCUGAGCUUUCACAGUACCUGGACCAGCAGGAAGAUUCUGGGGGGGGUCACUGCUCUCAGAGGACAGCAAGAGACCCUGAGCUCUGCAAGCUGUGAUCUGUCUGCAUUCAUGGUUUUUCUCAAAUCCCAGGCUAUCCGCAUGUGCUCUCAGGUGCUACCGAGCCAUCCUGGGAGAGAUGGAUGGUCCACUGCCCUGAGGCAGGGAGCCACCAGGCUGGGGCCCCUUGGUGAACCUGAUGCAGGUAAGAUGCUGGGGACUAAAACCAUUUUUUUUUGCACCCAAAAAAAAAAGACAGGAAAAUGAUCAUCAGAAACUAAAUGGCAGCCAGGCAUGGGGGCUCACAACUGUAAUCCUAGCACUUUGGGAGGCUCAGGCUAAGGGUUGCUUGAAGCUAAGAGUUCAAGACCAACCUGGGCAACAUAGUGAGACCCCCAUCUCUACAAUUUUUUUUUUUAAUGACCGAAUGUGGCGGUACAUGCCUGUACAUACCUGCAGUUCCAGCUACUCAAGAGGCUGAGGCAGGAGGACUGCUUGAGCCCAGGAGUUCAGUGCUGCAGUGAGGUAUGAUCAAGCCACUGCACUCCAGCCUGGGCGACGGAGCAAGACUCUUCCUCUAAAAUUAAAAAAAAAAAAAGACAAAUAAAAAUUGCAUGUAUUUAUAGUGUACAACAUGUUUUGAAAUAUGUAGAAUGGCUAAAUCAAGCUAAUUAACAUAUGUAUCACCUCACGUACCCUUUUUUUAUGAUGAGAACAGUAAAAACCUACUGUCAGCAAUUUGCAAGUAUACAAUACAUUGUUAUUAACUAUGGUCACCAUGCUAUAUGAUUGAUAUCCUGAACUUGAACUGAGUUCUUGAUGGUCACAGACAUGCUAUUCUCAAAACUCAAAAGGGGAACUUCUGAGGUUUUGAUUUCAAGUACUUGUAUGUAACCUAAUUUAACGGGAGCCCAGAGUGCACAGAUCAGAUAUUUAUUAAACAUAUAAAUAAAACACAGUUUUCACGA